AUGGCAGGCGUUGGUAUGGCUCCGUGCCCCCCGAUCCGAGGCGUCCUGGGCGGCCUUUUGUCCAGAAGAAUCACUCUUCCUACAAGCCAAGACCAGCCUGCCAGUGUCAAGAAGACACCUAAACCAGUGCUCGAGCACAUCGCCAACUUCUUCAAAUGCAACCGGAACACAGAGAAAGAGUCGCUCUCAGAGAAAGUAUGUGAUCGACGUGCCUACAUGCCCAAGUUCACAAGGCACCCGAAGCCUAAAGGGCACCUAAAGCCAAAGGCAGUUGCCAACUCUAGCAAGCCGAAGCUCGAGAUCGUUUCCUGCCUCGAAAAGCUUAAGAGGCAUAUCAAAAGUGACAAAACUCGUCACAGCUCGGAACCACUCUUGGUCCCGGCCGAUCUAGGCCAAUCUUCCACACCCGACACCGUUACCUCUGACCAGCCCAAGGUGUUUGUUCUCGAAGGUCAUAACGAUGAUCCGAUAUGGUUUGAUCAUGUGAGGCCCGAAGGUGCUAUCGACAAAAGCAUGAGGGUGUUCGACAUCGCAAAGGCAGAUGUCGUUCUACUUACCGUGGGAUCAGUGAACGAUCCACUCCUCACUAAACGACUGUCUGAAAUUCCAGAUGAAGAGUCCAGAGUUAUUGUCGCUUCACGCAACUUCCGACUCCGAGGAGUCCCAGCCGACCGCUGCACCAUCGUCACAGCAAAUCCUUCAGCCGAUUUUGAUGGAACUUCGGCUAUCGACACUUCGACCAGAGUGAGACUACCAGUCUUCCCCCCAUCCAAUUUCUCUAUCGGCAUUGUGGCGAAUGAUCCGCAGACGGUCCUCGACUGGGUCAACCACCGGCGUGAAAUUCCGGAAACCCUGCAGAUAGGGGACCAUACAAUCACUUUGAUCAGUAACCACAACCCGGACCACGGCAGCCCAGUGGAUGGAUACAUCGUCAUCGCAGAAGAAAACUACGAGACGAUCGCGCUGCCCAAGGAACCUUUGCCCAUAGUAGGGGUGUACAAGGAUCCAGACAUGGAUGCGCUCAAGCAACUGCCAGGUGCAACAAGAACCCACCCUCUGGCUGUCUGUCUUUCGGACCCAGUGCCGGCCUUGGUGAAAAGAAUCAUCUGCCGGAAGCUUGUGGAGAAGAAGAAACUUCACAGAUUGUCAUUUGACAGAGCCGAGCGUUCCAUCGAUCGCUCCACCAUCACGCAGUCACCGAUGCCGACGAUUAGAGAGUAG